AGUUCCAUAUUGUGAAGAGCCGGCCUGCCACUGAAUGAGGGAACCCUAGCCUUGCGAGUCUCGGCCUUUGAACGUCCCUGCCGGCCUUCGAACCUCCACACCAGCUUCCAGCGCCUGACAUUGCAGCCUUCAACCCUAGCCAUCGAUGGGCAUUGCAGCGGUGCAGCCUCCAUCGCCGGACGUCGCUUCGUUGAAGGCUUGAAUCCUCUUUAAGCCGAUAAUUGACUGUGUUAAGCUGAGAGGAAGUCUCUGAGUGUGUGAAGAAGGCAUACAUAUACACGGUUUGAACUUUGAAGCCUAAACCAUGGAAGACAACAUGGGAAGAAACAAGGAGAAUCAGAAGCAGCAGACAAAAAUGGAGAAGAAGCAAGAUGCUGGAGUAAAGAACACCCAGAAAAAGCGCAAGGAGAUUGCUCCCUAUGGCAAUUACAAGAACUAUUAUGGCUAUCGCGUUGGUCAAGAUGUCGAAGAAGAUCCUCGUUUCAAAGUUUUAAAGACAGAAUGGUUUGAAGACAAAGACUGUCUUGAUAUUGGUUGCAAUAACGGGUUGAUAACUAUUAAUAUUGCAAAAAAGUUUCGGUGCCAGAGCAUUCUCGGCGUAGACAUAGACUCCAAUCGAAUUGAGGAUGCUUACUGGAACCUUAGAAAGUUUGUGAAAAUGGAAUCUACCAGUAAGAUGCAUUCAAAGGCUUCUAGAUUAGAGGCUGUAGAGAGAGCAAAUGGCACAGAGCAAGUUGGAACUUCACCAUUAAAUGAGGAGAUCAGGGGGAUUACAAGGGAUUGUUCUCCUUCUGAUGGAAGAGACCUGUUCAAAAUAGUGUCUUUUCGACAAGAAGAUUUUGUUAAGAGUUGGCAUCCACCUCGAGAGAAGCACUAUGACACAAUUAUUUGUUUUAGCGUAACCAAAUGGAUUCAUCUGAACUGGGGAGAUGACGGAUUGAUUACGCUGUUUGCCAAGAUUUGGAGACUUCUCCAUCAAGGCGGCAUUCUUGUGUUGGAACCUCAACCAUGGAACUCAUAUGAAAAAAACCGUCGUGUCUCUGAGACGGCAACAGCCAAUUAUUGUAAUAUAAUGUUCUAUCCAGAACGCUUUCAGGAAAUACUUCUGGAUAAGAUUGGAUUUAGAACUGUAGAAAAUGUUACUCCUAGCCUAUCAGGCAAGAAGGCUGGAUUCAACAGACCUGUUUUGGUAUUUCGGAAAUGAGGUGUUUGGAGGCAAGGCACCAAACCGAUACCUGCUGUUAUGGGUCUAGCAGUUUUGAACGAGGCAAACUGUGGUUUGACAUAGGAUUCAAAAUUCACCAUAGGUUACUUUAUUCCAGCCUAAUAUAGAAAGAACAAUUUUUUUCUUGGACCAGCUGCUUGCGUGCUGUGAACUGGAGGAAUGAUUAUGAAGUUAAAAGAGCGCUCAUCAAAGGGGACAAGCUUGGCUUGCCAGGGCAGUCUCAGACUGUAAUUAGCAUGAUUUACCCUGUUCUCUAACACCAUGUGUGUUCCCUAUCCUUCCAAGUGCAUUAUUAAAGCAUAUAAAUGUAAAUCACGACGGGCGAAGGUGAAAAGCCAAAAAGUUACAUUCCCGUUUUUGAAUUUUGAUACACCAGCCAUGCUAGAAUUUUCUGGAAGUAAUGCGAAUAAUUUGACUUUUAUAUCAAUUCAAUUGGUUUAUUUUUUUU